GAGAGUGUGCCGUGGGAUGGACCUUUUGGGGUUUUGUUGAGUAUGUAAAGUGCUAUCUUAUGUUGGCUUUGUUAUAUGUUCAUUUUAGAUCCCAGCGAUAUGCUUUAUUUUAUUCUACAUCAUGUUAUACUAUAUUAUGGUGUUGAGCUAUUUCAUGUUAUGCUUCUUGAUGUGAUGGUAAUUGUGUCAUGGUAGGUUGUGUAAGGUUAAGUCAUGGUACAGCAUGUUGUCAUGGAAGCCUAUGUUAUAUUACGCUAAAUAAUACUACUAUAAUACUAAUUGUAAUACUGUUAGUUAUAUACGAAUAUCUGACAUUGGUUUAGUUGCGGUGAAUCCACUUGAAUGCAGUGCUUAACCCAAUCUCUGUUAGAAUUGUCUGGAACAAUAGUUCCAGACAUCCCACUUCUGCUUUGUUGUAUGUAGGAGGGGCCAAAUCAAAUGCAAUCGAAUGAUGAUGAUUAAUUCAUUAUUUCUUCCUAUUUGUCCAUCCCUUUUAUAAUGUCCUCAGGGCUGCAUGCUUGCAUUGAGCUUUUGUCAGUCGAAACCCAGGGACUGAGGCAGAGGCUAAUACUCCACUAUCGGUAUAAUCUGUCGCUCUGACUCCAGCCUCAUAGGAUCCACUAUGACACGUGUCUCUCUGAUGAUCCUGCUUCUCGUUUCAGCUCUCCUGCUGUCAGCUCCAGAGGCCUGGGCUACGGAUGAGGUGUCCAGCGAGAAGGUGUGCAGCUACUUUGACGUUCUGACUCAACUGAACAUCAGCAAAGGCAACGAGCUAUAUACAAUGACUCGCCCCAUCCUGGACUACAGAAAUCAGACCAUAGUACAUCUAGAGAUAGCCCUCUAUGGCAUUCUGGGUAUGGAUGAAAAAGAACAGAUGUUUGUUGCUUCUCUCUUGACUUCAUUGCAAUGGCACAGUGAUCUGUUCUCCUGGAAUCCCGAGGACUUCUGUGGCAUUACCUACAUCCCUUCCAUUCCCAAGAAGCUCAUGUGGGAACCCGAUAUCAUCAUUGAGGAAAUGAUUGCGGAGGACAAGGCCCCUCCCUCGCCCUUCCUGACGCUGUACUCUAACGGGACUGUGGAGCUCAACAGGGGCAUGGUGGUGGUCAGCACCUGCCUCAUGCAGAUCUUCAGCUUCCCCUUCGACACACAGAGAUGCACUCUCACUUUCAAGUCCAUCACCCACACGGACAAGGAGUUGAGGCUCCUCGCCCAGGGCUCCAACGCUGCCACCAGGAUGACUCGCGAGGUGUUGCGGACGCAGGACGAGUGGACGUUCUGCAACGUGAAUGUCACCAAAUUCAGCGAAGACUCCAUAGAUCACAUAACAUACACUAUCACGAUGAGGAGAAGGCCGGUCCUGUACGUCGUCAACCUCCUGUUGCCCAUCUGGUUCUUCAUGUGCCUGGACGUGGCCUCACUGUUCAUCUCUGAGAAGGGCGGGGAGAAGCUGAGCUUUAAGGUCACGGUGAUGCUCUCUGUGACGGUGCUGCAGCUCAUCCUCAACGACAUACUGCCGUCCACUUCCAGCAGGAUCCCGCUCAUAGCGACCUACUGCGCGGGGAUAUUCUCGCUGAUGCUGUUGAGUCUGUGCGAGACCAUUGUGGUGAUGCACCUGAUGGAGAAGGACUUCCACUUCAAAGUGAAGGAGGAGGAAGACUGCAGUAUGGACGAGGACAAAAAAGAUCUGCCCAUAGUCAACAAGGGCGAUACUGAUAAGAACGGGCAGACCCGUUUGCACAUUUCUGAUCGACCUGUGAGCACAUCUUCGCUGCUCCCUGCGGUUCAUGAGGGUAAGCCCGGAGAGACAGAGCUACACCUGGUGGUCUUGGGGUUGUUGACGGAGAUAAGGAAGGCUUUGGAAACUCGACUGGAGGGUGGCCAGGUUCGAGAUGGGAAACCCGGAUACUGGACCCGAAUAGCCAAAAGGAUCCAUGGCGUUUUCAUUUACAUGUAUUUAUUCUCAAUCCUUAGCUUUGUGUGCUAUAUGGCUGCAAGGUGGUAUAUUGUUGUACACCAUGACGCCACCCCAGCUUCACAAUGUUAACAGCAUUUGAGAAGGGUUUACAAAUCUUUGGAAUUGAACAGAAAUUAAUUUCUGCUAUUUCUGAAAUCUUGCAAAAUCUUCCUCUGCCCAAAUAUACCCUCUAUCUUUAUGACUCACAAAUCGUACAGCAGCU